GAUAUUUUUAUUUAGGUUCAUUAAUAUCAAGACAAGGACCGAGCCACAAUGUUACUUCUAUUUUUUGGUGUCCUUUUUGUGUUUUUAUUUUUAUGGAUAAGAUUUAAUUUAUCCUAUUGGGAACGGCGUGGAAUUCCAGGUCCAAAACCUUGGCCCAUUGUUGGAAAUAUUUGGCCACAUAUAAUAGGAAAGAAGACAUUGGGAGAAGUUAUGAAGGAUAUAUACAAAAAAUAUGAAGGAUACCCUUUUGUUGGUAUCUUUCGGGCCACUAAGCCGGUUAUGUUACUUCGAGAUCCAGAAUUGGUUUAUCGGGUAUUGGUAAAAGAUUUUAAGUCUUUUCGGAAUAAUGAAAUGUUUAUAGAUAAAGAUACGGAUCCCAUUUUUGGAAGAAAUCCAUUUAUAUUACGGGAUCAAGAAUGGAAAGACACCAGGCAAAUGCUUACACCCGGAAUGACAAGUGGAAAGAUGAAAAAUAUGUUCUCUACAAUUGAAGUUAUUAACAAAAACUUCGUUAAGUAUAUCGAGAAUCAUCCCACAGCAAAUACGGAUGGAAUUGAAACUCGUGCAUUGACAAAACGGUUGACAUUGGAUAACGUUGCGAAAGCAGCUUUUGGGAUUGACGGGAAAUCAUUUGAAAGUUAUAACGAUAUAUCAGAAUUUAACAAACUCGUCAACAAGUUUAUGAAUCCUGGGACAUUAGGAUCAAUAAUUUUUUAUUUAGCACAGAUAUUUCCAUGGAUUUUUAAAAUUAAAUGUAUCAAAUUUGUGUCCCAAGAGGUAGAAAAGAGGUUGACUGAAAUUAUAAGUGAAGUAGUGGCUUAUCGAAGGAAAAAUAAUCACAAAGCCCAUGAUUAUUUGCAAUUUUUAAUAGACCUUUCAAAAGAAAAGAACUUUGGAGAUGUUGAAAUAACUAGCCAUGCUUCCACUCUAUUUAUUGAUGGAUAUGAAACCUCUUCAUUAGUAUUAAGCUUUCUGCUCUUAAACUUGGCACGGUUUCCAAAUUAUCAAGAAAAAAUUAGAAAAGAUAUUAAAAAAUAUGAAAAAGAGAAUAAUGGGGAAUUGACAUAUGAAGCAAUACAUGAAAUGCCGUGGCUUGAUGCUUGCUUUUAUGAAUCCUUAAGAUUUUCUCCACCAGUUGAUAUUUCGACGAAAGAAUGUACUGAACCCUUCGAAUAUACUCCAACAGAUCCAGAAUUCAAAAAAAUAACAACCAAAUUUUUACCUGGAGAUAUUGUUAUUUUACCUUAUGGAAUGUUACCGAACGAUGAAAAGAUAUUUCCUGAAGCAAAUAAGUUUAAAGCAGAAAGGAUGUUUGAACGGGACUCUUUUCAAAAAGCAACAUUUACGCCAUUUGGGAGUGGUCCUAGAGCAUGCAUUGGACAAAGACUUGGAAUAAUGCAAGUUAAAUUAGCAACAGCCUACAUAAUAAAGAAUUUUGAACUUUCUGUGAGCCCAAAACUAAAACAGCCAAUAAGUUACAUACCAUAUUCUUUUCUGAACGAAGUCGAUGGUGGAUUUUGGAUAAAAUACAAAAAAAUUGAAACCUAGUUAAUUGAAGUUAAAGUGAACACAAAAUCGUUAAGUAUUUUUGUAUUCUAGGUCUUAUUAUUGUUGCUUACCAGAUUUAAAUAUAACUUACCCAGCA